GGGUCCAGGCACCCACUCAGUGCCAGCACAAUAGAGUUUACAGGGGCCUUGUUACCGCCGUACAGGGUCCAACCGACCUGCACCCCGCUAUUUGGUAGCGACGCCUCGAGUCCUCCUCUUCCUCCUCGGCCGACCCAGACCCGAUCUUCCGCUGGAUCGUCAUGAAUGGGUGGAACUCUCCGUCUUCACCUCCACAACCUCCACUCCUUCGCCUUCCCCUCCUCAGUCCUCAGCUCUCUUAUUUUGCUCUCAUACAUCCUCAGUAUAUUGUUCUUUUCCUACGAUACUUGUUGCUUCCUAUCCCUCCAAUAUCUCGGCUUGAUCUUUGCUCAUAUCCUUUGGCUUUUUGAGGCGUUUGUCGGUUGCAGUAGAUGCCCGUUCUCCGCGUCAGGUCGCAGCGCUUGCCUCCGCCUGGAGGGGAAGAAGGGAUUCGGACUCCCUCGCCUUACAAAUUCAAAAGUCCACUCACCAUGUCGAACAUGAUCCCAGAGCUCCCAGACAUGCCCGAUAUUGGGCCCGACGACGAUUUUCGGCUCGUCAUCAAGAAGCUUUCCUUAUAUAUCGCCGAGAACAUUCGGAUGCCGUCAACGUUCGAGCAACUCCGUACUACGGCUGCUGGAGACUGUUUGCGGCACCUUGUCGACCACUUGGUCCUCAGCUGCGACCAUCCAGCCAUUGUGAAUGCUUUGCUCGCAUUAAAAUGGCACUAUGGCGCCAUCACUGAGGACAAGGGCCUGAAUGAUGCCAGAGCCAGCGGUUGCGAGAUUGCUGCCUGGCGUCUUCUCACUCACCUUUCCGAGCGAGAAGCUGUUGACUAUUGUCUUUACGAAAUCCCAGACCCAGCGCUGGAGGCUAACCGCCAAAGCGAUGAAGAAGAGACAUCGCAAGCCAACGAGCAUAGUCCACUCCUUGCGCGCGCAUGGACCGAGUCAAUGGCAAACCCAAGACGAAAGCAUGAGUUCCCAAACCCAACGGGCAACAACCGGAGGAGCCUCUUGCUCCAGUCUCUCACACGCCUCACCAUGAGUAUGACCGGCGAGGUCGACAGCGACGGCGAGGAAGAGGAUGAUCCGACUUCUCCAUUCAUCAACUUGAACGCCCUGGAGAUUGCCGCCAUUGCAGACGCGAAACGAUUCCUUAGUCAGAAUGUCGUUCAGAAGAUCAUCACAGGUAUCUGGAAUGGCGAUAUCAUAUUUUGGGACAACUUAUCCGUUCACACAGAAAAGAAACCGCGGUUUUACAACCCGCACACGGCCGAUCCCUUUUCACGUCUCCGGGUUCCCAAAUAUCUCAAGUCAUUCGAGGUCGUCUUCUUUGCCAGUUUCCUGUUUCUCUACUACGCCGUCCUCGUUGAACGACAUCCGACCCGAAUCACGCCCCUCGAAAUCUUCCUAUACCUGUGGCUGGCUGCCUUUUCUUACGACGAGUUGAGUGAAUGGAUUGACGCUGGAUCCAUCUUCUACGCUGCUGAUAUUUGGAACAUCUUUGAUAUGGCAAUCAUGGCUAUAGGUUUCACAUAUAUGGUGCUGCGAAUCGUUGGCCUUAGAACGCAAAAUGAAGAGCUAAUAGAUCUGGCGUUCGACGUACUGGCACUGGAAGCUCUGUUCAUGGUCCCUCGCGUCUGCUCUAUCCUCAGCUUGAGUCCGUACUGGGGCACUCUCAUCCCUUGCCUCAAGGAGAUGGCAAAGGACUUUAUCAAGUUCAUGGUUCUGGUUGUCAUCAUCUAUCUCGGCUUCCUCACGACCUUCUCCCUAGUCGGGCGCGACUCGUUCCCGCUGAGAGACAUGACCUGGUUUCUCACCAAGAUUUUCUUCGGCUCAACUUAUGUAGGGUUCGACAUCAUGCGCAAGAUCGAUCCCGUCUUCGGGCCACCACUCAUGAUUCUCUUCGUUAUGCUCAGCUCCAUCUUGCUGAUGGGUUCCCUUACCGGCAUGCUCUCCAACAGCUUUUCCCGCGUCAUCACGCACGCCCGGGAGGAGUACCUCUUUGUCUACAGUAUCUACGUGCUCGAAGCGUCGACUAGCAACCGACUCACGCACUUUUACCCGCCCUUCAACCUGCUGGCCCUCGUCAUAUUUCGACCGCUCCGCCUGUUCUUGCCCUCCGACGAUAAGUUCCGUCGAGCUCGCAUCAUCCUUCUCAAGGCCACUCACCUGCCCAUCGUCUUCACCAUCGCCAUUUACGAGUGGAUUAGGGGAACCUCUCUCAAGGGCGCCACAUACAGCGCAGUCAAGGCGCCGCCGCACGGGGCGCCCAUUGCCAUCCCGGCGAUGAUGAGGAAGCUCGCGGGUCCGCGACGCGAGAUGCGUGGCCGUAGGUCGGUCACGUCUCUGCAGAGCGACCAGGCGGCGCAGGGCCGGCCGGGCAUGUCGUCGCUGGAGCGGCGCAUCUCUGUCCAUCAGGCGCGGCAGGCCGAGGAAGCCCAGGAGGAUUCGACUUAUGCGGAGCGGGCGACGGAUGUCGAGGUCCGGAUCGCAGAUCUGGCGGCCAAGAUUGACCGGCUGACGGAGCUCGUUAUUGCCAUGCAGACGCAGCAGUCUAAAACAUUGGGAGACGUUUCGCUGUCUUAGUAGUAGUCCUGAACGGCCAUGGACUGCUUGUUGAAGGACAACCAUAGCGAGCAACUUGGGCUUACCUUAUAUGACGACAACGACAAACGAGGACAGGAAUCAUGGGGAGAAAAAUCUUACAGUACAAAGCACUUUACCCAUCGCUUUUCCCCAGACCCAAAGUUCUUUUAGCUCUACGGAGAACAUACCUUACGACGCAUAUUUUGAUGCAUAUGAUAACAUGAAAAUAAGAAUCGCAAAACAUACAAAU